AUGAAGCAUAUGAGAAUUCACAUUGGUAUAAAACCUUUCAUGUGUAAAAUAUGCCAUUACAAAUGUGCACUAAAUAGCAUUCUAGUGACACACAGAACCCACACUGGUGAGAAGCCAUAUUUAUGUGAGAUAUGCGAAUACAAAUUUUCACAAAGGAGUAGUCUGAUGACGCAUAGGAGAACUCACACUGGCAUAAAAAAAUUCUCGUGUGAGAUAUGUGAUUACAAAUGUGCAGAAAAGGGAGGUCUCGUGAAGCACAUGAGAACUCACAUGGGUAUAAAACCAUUCUUAUGUAAUUUAUGCAACUACAGGAGUGUAACAAAUAGUUAUCUUGUGAGGCACAUGAGAACCCACACUGGUAUAAAACCAUACUUAUGUAAUUUAUGCGACUACAGAUGUGAAGCAAAUAGUAGUCUUGUGAGGCACAUGAGAACCCACACUGGUGAAAUGCCUUUUUCAUGUAAAAUUUGCGAGAAAACAUUUUCACAGAAAAAAUGUUUAGUAAAUCAUAUGAAAUCCCACACUGCCGCUGGUGAAACGCCUUCAUCAAGUUCGUGAGCCGCACGCCUCACUCCGCCGCCGGAGAAUGCUCAGGAGAUAGACUGUGCAACUGACUGUUUGUGUAUAUUACGACUAGCUGAUGCCCGCAGCUCCGCCCGCUGGGAUUUAGGUUUUU